CCAGCAAAGCCACCCGGACCCGGAGGGUGGGGGAGCGCCAAGCACGGGGCGGUUCCCGGCCAUGCCCCCCUCCCGCCGGCCGCCCCCCGGCAGGUAGCGGCGCUGUCCCGGCGCACCUGCACCGCCCGGACGGGCACCGCGCGCCGCCGCUCCGCGGCUCUGCCCCCGCACCGCGCGCAGCCCGAGGAACUUCUCCCCGACUUCGGAGGUGCGGAGCGGCCCCGCAGGGACGGCUCGCGCGGAGGAAGCACGGGGAGAGCGAGGGAUAAAGUUGGCUCUGAGGAGGGGAAAGGCGGAACACCUCGAGAAGAAAGGACGGGCGGCGAGGAUGGAGCGGUGAACGGCGAGAACGGUUUAACCGGAGCCAACAAGUGGGAGCGGUGCGCGCAUCCCGCUCCUCCCGUCCCGCCGCCCGCUCUGACGGACCGAAAGAAACUUCGCCCCGCGCCGCCCCAGCCAUGCUCGGCGGGCCGAGCCCCGCGCUGGCCGUCUGCGCCCUGCAGGCGCUGCUGCUGACGCUCGGUCUUGCUGAGGACGAAUUUUUUGAGAAACCAGUGCUGAGCAUUGCAAAAGACCACAUUGUCAUCUUACCAGGAGAAGUCCUAAAAAUAAAAUGCAGGGGAGCACGGCCGGUGAGCUGGCUGCUGCGGGAGGCGCAGAGGGAAGACCCCCGAGUGCACAUCAGCAGCUGCCGCAACAGCAGCGGGCAGAGCUGCAGCAUGCUGCUCCUCAGGAACGUCACGGCCAGCGACACCGGCUACCUCACCUGCGUUCACGAGGACGCCCCAUCUAGCGAGGACCUCAUGGCCAAGAUUUAUGUGUUUGUUAAAGACUACAGAAAUCCGUUUGUGGAGAUUCACCCGGAACAUCCUGAAAUCAUCUACAUUUUGGAGGCUAAGAAAGCAGUUGUUAUCCCCUGCCGAGUUACUUCUCCAGAUAUCAGACCCAAACUUAGCCGGUACCCUCAUCCUGUAGAGCUAAACUUCAGGAAGAUGGUGUGGGACCCAAAAAGAGGAUUUGUCAUCCCCUCUCAUGCUUUUGUUUAUUCUGGAGUACUCACAUGCACUGCCAACAUCAAUGGAAGUGUGUUCACAUCCUAUUACCUCGUACAGAAACUGGAGGGCAGAGUGCAGAAUCUGGCUCUGAGAGCAACUCCCAAAAAACUGCUGGUUGGAGAAACUCUCUAUUUGGAAUGCAAAGCAGAAACCUUCAUCAAUGGACGCAUCGAAUUCAUAUGGACGUGUCCUAAUGGGAGACACCCUUACCCUAGGAGAACAAUGGACCAGAGUGAACCCGUGUAUAAGGUUGGCAGCAGCCUGACAAUUGAAAAUGUCACCAUGGAAGAUGGAGGCCUAUACAUAUGCAAAACAUUCAAUGCAACAAGGCUGGAGGCUAAUGUCACUGUUACAGUGUACGACAAACCUUUCCUUGAGGUGUCGCACAAGAAAGGGCUUUACUACGAGAUCACAUCAGGAGUGAAGUCACUGAAACUGGCUGCAAAGGUGGAUGCCUUUCCUCGCCCAACUGUUACCUGGUACAAAGAUGGCAAACUGAUCAAGGAUAACCAAAGUUGCUACGAGCCAGACCCAGUGAAGUACAGGCUGGGCAUAAGAGAUUUGAGACCAAAGCAUGCUGGGAACUACACCAUUGUCUUGAGCAAUGCAAAAUAUGGCCUGUACAAGAACCUCACCAUGCAGCUGGUAGUGACAGAGAGACCCAAAAUCUAUGAAAAGGAAACCGAUUUCGAUAAGGUCGUGCGGGUGGAAUUAAGAAGCGAGCACAAAAUCCAGUGCACUGUAAGCGGGAAUCCUGACCCGAAGGUUGAGUGGAAGUGGCAGCCCUGCAGCCUCACGGACACGCUAUGCAACCCCAGAGGGCAAAAAAUUGUGGUUCAGGAGAACAUGUCCAUAGGCAACAAAAUCAAGAGCAUUGAAAACAUAGCCAUGAAGCACGGGGACAAAAGAAAGAUUGUGAGCACACUAACAAUGGAAAACAGCAGCACAUCAGGAAUCUAUUACUGCGUGGCCUCAAAUAAGAUUGGUGAAGAAGAGAGGAGCAUUGAGUUCUACGUCUCAGAUGUGCCGUCAGGGCUGCAGACGGCCCCACAAGUCACAGCCAUUGCGGGGAGCACUGCCCAGCUGACCUGCCGGGCCUCCAGGUACAUCUACAGCAACCUGGCCUGGUCCUACCCCUCCCUGGGGGCGGCUCAUGGCGUCUCUCUAACCCGGAGUGCUGAUGCCUACUCCAUUUCCCUGACCCUGAUCAUUGCAAACGUCACAGAAGAGCAUGGCGGCCUCUACAAGUGCCGUGCCCAGCACCAGCACAACGGCAGCGGCACGCUGGAGCAGCACACACGGCUCCUUGUCAGAGCAAAGGCAGCCCCAUAUGUCCUACAAAAUCUGACAGAUCUGGAGGUUAACAUCAGUGGCAAGAUCAUCCUGGAGUGCAGAGUCAGUGGAACACCAGAGCCACAGGUUACAUGGAGCAAGGAUGGCUACCCUAUCUCAGCGGCAUCAGGAAUUUCCAUGGAAAAUAAUACCCUGGUCAUUGAGCGAGUGAAGAAGGAUGAUGAAGGGCUCUAUGAAUGCAAAGCGACCAAUGACAUGGGCCAAGACAGCACAUCAGCCUUCAUUAAAAUACAAGGUUCUGAGGAGAAAUCCAACAUCGAAGUUAUCAUUUUGGUCUGCACCGGUCUAGCAGCCACCCUCUUCUGGCUCCUUCUGACCCUUUUCAUUCGGAAACUGAGAAAACCUGAUGCCACAGAUAUUAAAACAGGAUACCUGUCAAUUAUAAUGGAUCCAGAGGAAAUGCCUCUUGAUGAGCAGUGUGACCGUCUUCCCUAUGACAGCAGUAAAUGGGAGUUCCCAAGAGACAGACUGCGGUUGGGUAAAACACUGGGUCACGGUGCUUUUGGGAAGGUGGUGGAAGCGUCUGCUUUUGGCAUUGAUAAAUCUUCAACCUGCAAAACAGUUGCCGUAAAAAUGCUUAAAGCAGAAUGUGCAACUACUAAUGAAUGCAAGGCUUUAAUGUCUGAACUGAAGAUCCUCAUCCACAUAGGACAUCAUCUGAAUGUAGUCAACCUGCUGGGAGCCUGCACCAAAGCAGGAGGUCCCUUAAUGGUCAUAGUAGAAUAUUGCAAAUAUGGAAAUCUGUCCAAUUAUCUACGAGGAAAACGAGGAGAUUUCAUCGCAUACAAGUCCCAGGAGAACUCUGGCCAAACAGAGAAAAGUCUGGAUGAGUCCAGCAGCGAUUUGACUGAGCUGAUCAAGAGACGCCUUGAGAGUGUAGCCAGCACUGGGAGCUCUGCCAGCUCAGGAUUUAUUGAAGAUAAGAGUUACAGUGACUCCGAAGAGGAUGAAGAAGAUGCUGAAGAUCUGUACAAGCGGCCCCUGACUUUGGAGGAUCUGAUUUGUUACAGCUUCCAAGUGGCAAAAGGCAUGGAAUUUCUCGCCUCCAGAAAAUGCAUCCAUCGGGACUUGGCAGCAAGGAACAUCCUUCUUUCUGAGAACAAUGUGGUGAAGAUCUGUGACUUCGGGCUAGCCAGGGACAUUUACAAAGACCCUGACUAUGUGCGGAAAGGAGAUGCAAGACUUCCACUCAAAUGGAUGGCUCCAGAAGCAAUUUUUGAUAAGAUUUACACAACACAGAGUGACGUAUGGUCUUUUGGAGUUCUGCUAUGGGAAAUAUUUUCUCUAGGUGCCUCCCCAUACCCUGGAGUGCAGAUAGAUGAGGACUUCUGCCGACGGCUCAAGGAAGGAACCCGGAUGAGAUCACCAGAAUAUUCUACUCCAGAAGUCUACCAGACAAUGCUGGACUGCUGGCAUGGAGUGCCCACAGAGAGGCCCACCUUCACUGAGCUUGUAGAGCGCUUAGGAGACCUUCUUCAGGCCAAUGUACAGCAGGAUGGUAAAGACUAUAUCCCACUGAACAUCACCUUGUGUCCUGAUGGAGAACCUAACUCCAAGACUUGCCCUGUGGAGGAAAAUUUGAACAACUGUGUCAAUCGCUGGAGUGCAGUGGAAACUGGCAGCAGCAGCAAGAGGCGCCCUCUGAGUGUGAAGACAUUUGAUGAGGUGUCAGUGGGAAAGGAAAAGGUGAUGCAUGAGGAGUCAGACAGUGGGAUGGUGUUGACGUCAGAUGAGAUAAAAAGUCCAAAGAGGCUGGAAAUCCGCUCCUGGCCUUACGGGAUCAUGGCACUCGCGCGGCGAGCUGUUAGCAAGAGCAAAGAGUCCAUAUUAUCUGACCAUGAACGUGAAGCUGUCAAAUACCAGCCCGCAGUGCAGGUUGAAGAGGACACCAUGGACUUCCCACUGGAAGACUCUGUGCUCCUUCCUAUGGAUCCAAGCCUGGAGUGCCACAGCCCUCCUCCAGAUUACAACUCUGUCGUGCACUGCUCUGUGCCCCAAGUGUAACCAGCCCAGCCUGGCGCAGGGCCUCUAGUGCCUUGCUUGGCCAUCAUGGAUUCCAUAAAGAGGCUGCAUACCAACAAAGGGGAAACCUGGCAGCACACUGGUUCUUAUGAUUCAUCUGGCACAUCUCUGAUGUGAACAGAAAAUCUUUAAGAGCAUCCCUUUGCUAUCUUUAAAGGCCUAUUACAACAUAUGCAGUAACUUAGAACACUGUCUAUCAGAAUUGUCAAUAGGAGCUGUAACCCAGAACUGCUCCCAUCCUUCCUCCCUUAGCAGGGACUGUUUAUUAACCAUAUUUUGCUCCAUAGGUCACCAAGAGUCACCUCAUGAUAUCUGUGACAAGAUUCAUCCUGCUGGCCCUGCAGCCAUCCUUCAGGGGUUGCUUAGUGUGAGGCUGGAAGGGAUCAGUUGACAAUGACAGCCAUAAACUCAGAUGUUUUGUUUUUGAAGAAAAUCCAAAAAUUAAAACAUUUCUCUUAACUUGGGAACUCACCUUCAGUAAAUGUUUCUGGAAUAUUUUGAAAUCCAAAAUAUGUUUACUACAAUUUGUGAUUUAACAAUUUCUACUGCCAAGAGGAUCCACUCCCAAGCAACACGGCAGAGAGAAGUAGCCAGCACCCAUGCAUACAUACAACGUGGUUAAAUCCGAUGCCCUGUUUUCCCUCUGUGUUCAAACAACAACUUAUUUAACGUUAUGCAAUAGGGAGCCAUGAUGGAGAUGCAUCUGUAGUGAUUGCACAGCAUCAGCACUACAUUAAGUAAGAACCUUAAGCUUAAGCAGGCGGUAUUUCCCAGCACACACGCACAUCUGUGUGAAUGUGCAUAAAAUACUCAUCCACAAUAUGAGAGUUACACAUAAAUGUACAUAUAACCUUGAAGCAUCAGCAGUGUAGCAGCAUUUCUCUGUUUCCCUUCUGGACACAGAUUAUUUUAAAAUUGAAAAAAAAAACUCUUCCUUUGAAUUCUAUGUCAGAUGCCCAGCACUUUGAUCUUGGGAAUACCAGCCCAUUCUAAGCUGUGAGCAUAUUUAAAACAUACUCAUCUCCAGCUGCCUUGCCAAGGUAAAUACUGCUAUGAUAUGCCAUACCUUCUGCAUCUAAACCCUCCAUGAGUACUGCAAAGAUUUUUAGAAUCCACUUAUGCCAGUCUGAGUGGAUCACAAAUUCUCACAUCUGAGAAAUUCAAAGUGUGUUAUCCCUACCCAAAAGCAGUGUGCAGCAGGGACUGUUGGCCUGCAGGUGUCCACACACACCCCUGACCAUCCUCACAGCAACCUCAAAACUAAGCAACUAAUCCUUGUCAUUUCACGUGCUUGGAAAGAACCAGAGCUGACAUUAGAACUCUAGGAAGGGAUAAUGUACGGAGUUUUCAGGUAGAAAAAGCAAAGACAAAAAAGAUGUACGUUGACAGCCAAGCCUAUAACCUCCUAAGUUAUAAACCCAGACCUGGAUAAGACUUUGUGCAGUUUCUUUGGAGGCCUGCACAACCCUUUCUUUUUCUUUUUAGAAUUGAUACUCUAAUUAGAUUUCUUUAGAGAAAGAAAUUUUGUUCUUAUUUACAAACUAAAAUGAACAAAAAUGAUUACAAAUUAAUUUUUUUUGUAAAAUAUCCAACGCUUGCCAAACAAUUAUUUUACCUUGGUGAAGACAGCCUAACCGCCCUUGCAGCAGUGAAGACAAGAUUUCUGGAAGACUGUGACAGUUGGUUGCAUUGAAAUAAACAGAAAAAGCCUCAGGUGUGAUCAAAGGGGAGGGAAAAUCCACAAAGCCCAUGCCAUCCUAACUGUGAAUGCUAAAGCAUCUGGUGGAAGAGCUCUUGGGAACCACGUGCUGUUCUCCUCAGCCUCCAAUCUGAGCUGUUUAAGAAAUCACCUGCAGGAACCCAUGGGCCCUUGCUCAUAGUGGUCCUGGCAGAUACCCGUGGUCUGUAGUUGCUUUACGGCCAUUUUUGCACUUCUUUCUAUGUUAGUAUCAAUGUAUUAAGUAAAGCUGGUCAAGUAACAGAAGAAAAUACUGGGAAAUAAUUCAUCUGAUGGGUCACAGAAGGCUCACUGGAUCAGUUUUCCAUCAAAUAGGAAAUUAUCUCUAGCUUUGAUCAAGUAAUGAAUCACUUAUUUGUGAUAAUUUAUUCAGGUGGCAAAAAGAAAGAAAAAAGGUGCCUAUGGUUUGUCUGGCUCUGCUGUUACUGGCAUCAAUCGGCGUGAGGUGGUUCGUUGUUGUGCUUUGUUGUGUAGCAGAAGAAAAUGACAAUGUUUAAAAACCUUUGCUUAUAAACUUUGAAAUAAGCACAUAUAGCAAAAAAGAAAGUGCAACUCUGUUCCCAGUUUUAAAAAAGAAUGGGAAACUCCACUGUGUGAAGUGCCUUCUUCCACAAGAGCUGAGCACGCUGCCUGUCCUCCUUAGCCAGGAUGAAAUGUUUAUUUUAAGUUGAAAGUUUUUCCCCCUAUGGUAACUGUAAGAAGCAAAAAUAUUACCUAAAAGUAUUAUUGAACAUAUGUGUUUUCUAUUUUAUUUACUAAUAUUUUGUCUUCUUCUCUCCUCCCUUAAUUUAAUUAUUGCUCUUUUCUUACAAUGUUGUAUAUAGUUUACCCCGUAGGAACAAAUAUAGUGAUUCAUUUAUAUGGUAAUAUUUGUAACAUUUUAGUCAAAAGAGAAAGAUGCGCAGACAUAGCAGAGUUAAGGAUCUUCACUAAGCAUUUCACUAACACUUCCAGGUUGCAGCACCCGCUGCUGCCAGCUCACAGCCGUGCUCUGCUGGCCCUCGUGUCCCAGCUCUCACUUGCUUUAUAUCAGUUUCAGUAAGGAAGCAGGGACCUGCAGGAUUCCAGCAGGUUUAGCUCAUUUCUGAAAGUGUCACUGUGCAGCUCAAGGCAAAGGGGAGGGAUUUCCACUGCCUCUGUUUUAACUAAAGGCUGGUGUAUCAGCUAGAGCAUCAGAAGGGGUCAUCAAAUUGUCAAAGUGAGGUGAUGUUUAGUAGUUUUUCAGAUGUCUCAGGGAUUCUUAUUCAACUCUUGUUCACCACCUGCCUUUUCUAAUCUCACUGAGUGGGAUCUGAUAUUGAGAAGUACCUUUGUUUUCCUUAAUGGUGCCCAGUCCUCCCGUUUUUCUUCUUGUAACCCUGUAGAAUUGGGGCAGGGGAGCUCAGAGCUCACCACAAAUGUGUUGUCUCCUCCCAGCAACUCCCGGCCAUACAGUCUGCCAGGAAGUGCCCCCCCUGCAGGCUAUGAGCAGCCAGGUGGGCUUGGCAGCCUGGGCCCCUACCUCCUCUUUGCUCCACUUGUCAUCUGUGUGCUGGUGCUUAUCCACUGCAGCUUGAUGCUUCCCUCUUUUGAGUAAGGUCAGGUAUAGAGCCCACCUCUCUCUGAUAUUUUGUGCAUCCUCUGUUCUUGAGGGGCUGAACUAGACAAGUAAGCCUUUUUUCCACAUUAAAAAUGUUUCAAAUACAGCCACAGGAAACUAGUUUACUCUGGUGUGCCUGGAAGCAUCUCUGUAUCCUUCUCUGAAUGAGAGAAGCUUUUUUACUCUUCUAAUUUUUCAAUUUUUGAUAUCUGUAGCAAGAUGAGGUUUGGUGUCUAUCUAUGUGAAUCUCAUCUUAGUGCUUUCUCAAACAAUUUGGUUUCUGUUUGGUUCUUCCAAAGUUAACCUCAUCAGAAGGGGUGCUAGGCCCACACCAUCUGCUCAGGAUAUCAAGGAAGGCCAGAUGAAAGCCUAAAGUUUUUCUGAAAAACGGUCUCAAACAAAACCACUGACAUUUGAACCCACUGAAUGCUGAUGACGCAGACAUUCAAGGCUGCCUGCAGGUAUAGCUGCUCUGCUUUGACAUUUUGUUAACACGCACAAUUCUCCAUGUAGCCAGCCUGCCAUCUUCCUAGGGCAACCUGGAGUGGCCAGGCACUUCUUUCCUUGCAUUUAUGCCUUGUAUACCAGAGAAAUGCUCAUCAAUAUGUUAGCUCAUAACUGGCCAGUAAGCAGCUUAUGACUUUGCUUCUCAGUGACCCUUCAUGCUGAGCGCUGGUUCUGCCUUGCCAUGCCCCCAUCCUGCUUUACAAAUUCCAUCUGGCUCAAUACCAGUGUAAGGAUGUUUGGGACCAACAGUCCCUAGCUGCCACUAGCACCAAAUGGGAACUGCCAGGACACAGCAGCAAAUAGCAAAUAGCUGUGCAACAAGGUAAAGCAUUAGCAUGUGUUCCUGAAAGCAGGAAUUGGCCAGGAUGUCUCACCUUGCACUCUAUUUUUUUCUUGGGAUAAAGUGAAUGGAAAAUACAGAAGGUAGCAAUGUUUCUUUUGUCCCACCCUACAAAUAGUAAUGGCCAAGACCUGUGAUCCGUUUUCCCGGUUUUAUACUGCGAUACAUUAAAAAAAAAAAAAAAAAAGGAAGAAAGAAUUUUGGUUAAGUACCAACCUAGCUAGUAAAAUUCAGAGAGGACUUCUGGAUUUGAUCCUUUGUCACUGUAUAGGAUAUAAGGGUUCAGCACAAGCACUGACUUGUGUCUGUGAUGCAUGUGUUGGUUUCAUAUUUUGUUCACACAGACAGGGUCACUUGGGACCCCAAGCAAAUGCGGUGCCCUAAGGGCACUGGAUGCAGGAAAACCUGUGUGGUGUGCAGUGAGCAGUGUCCUGUUGUCCUGCCUGGCAAUCCUGUGCCACAAGAGCCAGCACAUACAUACUGCUCCAGUCGUUUCUCCUUGGAUCUUGAGCUGUCAAAGCAGCUGGUGAAAACUGGGGAAACCCAGUAACUGAAGACUCAGAGAAAAUAAAAACACCAAGGAAUGUAUGUCUGCCCUGUUCCUGUCUGUCUGCAGAAUGUAUGCACUGAAAACAACGCUUUCUUAUGUAGUCAAAAAAAGUACUGUAUCUAUUAACCAAAAAAAAUAAAAAGAUUCUAUAUUUAUACA